ACCCUAAAACCCUAGAAGGUCCUUCUAGACCCUUCUCCUUCCAUCUCUAAAUAUAAUAAUAACACCUUUGAUACAACGUAUUCAUUCCACUUUUCUCUUUGUCUUCACUUCUUUUUCUCUCUUAGCAGCAUUUCUCAUUAGCAAAAUGUAUCGUUUUGCAGCAAAUCUUGCUUCCAAAGCCAGAGUUGCAAGAGCCAACACCCAACAAAUUGGUGGAAGGUUAAAUUGGAGUAGAAGUUAUGCUGCAAAGGAUAUUAGAUUUGGUGUUGAAGCUCGAGCUGCAAUGCUUCAAGGUAUUGAAGAACUUGCUGAUGCUGUUAAAGUCACUAUGGGUCCAAAGGGGCGUAAUGUGGUGAUUGAACAAAGUUGGGGUGCACCCAAAGUAACAAAAGAUGGUGUCACUGUUGCAAAGAGUGUUGAAUUCAAGGACAAGAUAAAAAAUGUUGGUGCUAGCCUUGUUAAACAGGUUGCCAAUGCCACAAACGAUGUUGCCGGUGAUGGUACCACUUGUGCAACAGUCCUCACACGAGCAAUAUUUGCUGAAGGAUGCAAGUCAGUGGCGGCUGGUAUGAAUGCAAUGGAUCUUAGACGGGGUAUUACCAUGGCUGUAGAUUCUGUUGUAACAAACCUGAAAAGCAGAGCACGGAUGAUCAGCACAUCUGAGGAAAUUGCACAGGUUGGGACUAUCUCUGCAAAUGGAGAAAGAGAAAUUGGUGAGCUAAUUGCAAAGGCUAUGGAGAGAGUAGGCAAGGAGGGAGUCAUCACUAUCCAAGAUGGGAAGACAUUGUUCAACGAGUUGGAAGUUGUUGAAGGGAUGAAGCUGGAUAGGGGUUACAUAUCACCAUACUUCAUCACAAAUCAGAAGAAUCAGAAAUGUGAACUGGAUGACCCACUGAUUCUUAUUCAUGAGAAAAAGAUUUCAAGCGUUAAUGCUGUAGUGAAAGCAUUAGAGUUGGCUUUGAAGAAACAAAGGCCCCUCUUAAUUGUGGCUGAAGAUGUGGACAGUGAAGCACUUGCCACUCUUAUUUUGAACAAGCUUCGUGCUGGAAUCAAAGUUUGCGCCAUCAAAGCACCAGGCUUUGGUGAAAACAGGAAAGCUAAUUUGCAAGAUCUUGCUAUUUUAACUGGAGGCCAAGUCGUUACAGAAGAGCUUGGACUGAACAUUGAAAAUAUGGACUUCGAGAUGCUGGGAACAUGUAAAAAGGUGGCUGUUUCCAAGGACGAUACUGUCAUUCUUGAUGGUGCUGGUGAGAAGAAGUCCAUAGAGGAACGAUGUGAACAGAUUAGAUCAACCAUUGAACUGAGCACAUCUGACUAUGACAAGGAGAAGUUGCAGGAAAGACUAGCUAAGAUUUCAGGGGGUGUCGCUGUGUUAAAGAUUGGAGGAGCUAGUGAAGCUGAGGUUGGUGAAAAGAAAGAUAGAGUCACUGAUGCUUUGAAUGCUACAAAGGCUGCCGUGGAGGAAGGAAUUGUUCCAGGUGGUGGCGUUGCUCUUCUUUAUGCAGCAAAAGAGUUAGAUAAAUUAACAACAUCCAACUUUGACCAGAAGAUUGGUGUACAAAUAAUUCAGAAUGCUCUGAAGACACCGGUACAUACAAUAGCCUCUAAUGCAGGAGUAGAGGGUGCUGUCAUUGUUGGUAAACUGUUGGAGCAAGAAAACCCUGAUCUUGGAUAUGACGCGGCCAAGGGUGAAUACGUGGACAUGGUAAAGGCAGGAAUCAUCGAUCCACUGAAAGUGAUCAGGACAGCAUUGGUUGAUGCUGCCAGCGUCUCGUCUCUCUUGACCACAACUGAAGCAGUUGUCGUCGAGCUUCCUAAGGACGAGAAGGAAGCUCCAGCAAUGGGCGGCGGCAUGGGAGGCAUGGGUGGCAUGGACUACUAAUUGGAAAAGCCAAGAACAGUAAUUGCAGCUGCUUGACACAAUUGUUUAGAAAAGGAAAAUAAAUUUAGGUUGCUGCCCUUUUUGAUUUGAUGAGUCUUAAUGAGAGGAAAAACACCCAUUGUACCCAUAGUGAGAGAGACCAUUGUGAAUUCAUGUUUUUGUAGGUUGAGGUCUGUAGUUUUUUCAGCUUUUUGAUUGACCAGUUAGAGCGAUAGGUCCAUUUCAGUCUUAACACUCUUGUUUUGGUCUCUUCUUUGGUUAAACUAUUAUCAUGAGGGGAUGAAAUUUAUGCCUCUGGCAGCAAAUUAUAUAUACUUUGACUAAUGUUAGUUGUUCCUGCGUUUUUAGAAAAA